CUUCUUGAGUCCUGCUCCGUGUGUUGUAGUCCCGGUCCACCGGUCUCCCCGAGCAUGCGUGUCCACUCCCUCGCUUUUAACGCGUCUCGCGCUCUUCCGUUUCCUCGGAGUGCUUCCUCCUCUUCUUGCUCGUGUUUCCCAAGCUGACUCGAGCAUCUUAAAUGUCUUGCCCCUUCUACCAUCCUGCCACCAUGAUCAUGAACUCGAAUAGGCCCCAGUCGAUCUAUCUGAUCCCUAGUCACCGCCCUCGCUUCGCCUGCUCCCUGUCCCGACCUCUGAAAUCCAUCGGCAACAUGGCCCUAACCCCAUCUCCCGAGGACAUCGACUCCUUACCUUACCAUGCCUUGCAAGCCGAAGCUGCCAAACACUCCAUCCGUCGCAAUCUAGGUAUUGCCAAACUCCGUGAAGCGCUCAAACUUAUUCUGGGCAGUGAUCCUGACCCUGACAAGAUACCUGCGCAAUGGUACAUAGCCUCCGCCAAACGUGGCGCAGCACCAACUCAAUCCAAAGCCGCUGCCGUGCCCCGUCCCACCAAAACCAACGCUCGUCUGAAUGCCGCCAAGACCAAAGCUGCUCAGGCUCCCCCACCACCCCCAUCCCCCAAAACUUCCCGCGCCCGGCGAUCGCGAAACCCUCCUAAUCCAUCCAGCCACCCUUCUUCCUCCUCGCGAGCAUCAACUGUCUCACCACGUCGGCCCGCCCACCCAUCUUCACCUGCCACUGGAAAUCCAGCCGAUCGAGCCUCCCCUGCCGCCCGUAGCCACUCUCCUUCGCCUUCCAGACGCAGCGUACCCGCUUCGCCCAACAGGUCUGGGGCCCAUGCCUCUACUUCUCGAACUCAGCAGACCAGCUCAGACCGUACCGGCGAGACAACUGCAAUCUUUUUGAAGGCCGUUCGCGAUGAGGCACAGGUGCGAGGCAUCAUUCCCCCCCGACACCAGUACAACCCCGAUCCUGCCGCCGUACGCCCAACCUCUCUGGAUUUACCAGACGCUAUCCGCCGGGAAGCCAAAAGACUCGGACUGAACAACUGCGACCACCCGAACAACAUUGACUUCCUCUGCUUCUUGAUUCGCGACACUCUCAAAGAAAUCAACGCAGGCAACUAUAUCGCGGCGAUGCUUCAAGCAAGUCACAAGCCCAUCAAAUAUCUUCCCAGGCUACCUCCGGUUUCUCCCACCAAUCCCGUUGACACCACUCACUACAACAACUAUGGAUUGGCAUCUUCUCCUGUAAACCCUACCGCGUCUUGGCCCACCGGAGACUCUCCCCAACGCAGUGGCAGAACUGACACCAGCUCUCGGAGUCGUGUCUCACCUUCCCUCACGAGACUCAAUGUCUCGACCGUACAAGUUUCCACUCCUCCCGAUGGAUCAUUCAACGCGCCCUCGAUUGAUUCUCCUGAUCUCCCCGCGCUACCGCAAACGCAAAGACGUUUUCCUGGAAGACGCGGAAGACUCGAUGACUUGUCUGAAUCUUCCGACGACGAGCCUCAAUCCCGCAGUCAGGUGGAAGCACUGCUUGGAUCUGACCCGGCUCUCAUCCCAGCGACGCAACCUACGUCGCGCAAACGCCGUCAAGGUGAAGAUGAUCUUGGAAACGCCUCGACGACCCCUACGACGACCCCUCCUGCAAACAAGAAGGCCAGGCUCACCCAGUCGCCGAUUGCAUCAUCUUCCCGACCCUCGGGCGGCAACUACCGCUCUCCUGUGGCUGACUCUGAUGAGUCCAUGUCACCUCCCCCCCAGAUCCUCAGACCGCUGAGGAUUUUCUCGUCGGCCAGAAGAGCUCCUGUCGUGCCACCUGACUCUCCCUCCCCGGCCCCGUCUCCCGUCGCUGGACCUAGCCAACCCACUCUCUAUGGUACCGAAAGUCAUUACAUAGACGACUCGACCACCAGGUUCAGUGAGCUUCUUCGAGGUCAUACCAGACUGUUGCCCUCUCCUCCCCCCAAGUCCAACCCUUCCUCCCAACACAGGUAGUCAUGCAGCUGUUGCCUUAUCAACUCUUUGCUUUCACCUCUUUCGCCUCGGACAAUGCAACCUGUUUCCCCAUAUAAAGGAGUCGACACGUCCUCGACCCUAUACUCCCACUAGGAAAUUGCCGGAAGGAAUAGACCAUCCCCUCUUUCGGUCCUAUAUAUCCUGCCCACAAUAAGCUUGGCUCUUCCUUCAUACACAUUUAGUCUUUAUAUAUAUUCCUUUCUUGCAUAUGUAGCUCUCAGCUCAAGGCCAAUCCAUCCAUAGAAUCUCUCAAGCUGCUUCACAGCCUCAUAUUAACACUCAUAUCCGUCUUUGCUACUCCCAUUCAUCCCCAUCUGUAUCCCCCCCUCCCCUUCUCCAAUCUCCCGCCGGUCAAACCAAUUACAAAAAAAGUGAAAAAAAGACCCUGUUGUACCAUUGAUUUUUUGUUGACAGUCUAAUUUAAGGAGAAAAAACUAGACCAUCUGAAGUAAGUUGUACAGUCUCGCCGAUCCCUCGCCGACGCCAUAUUUAGAUAGACUUUUCGGCUUUGAUCAUUCUUGCUUGCUUAGUUAUAGUUAUCAUCUUCAUCAUAUACUUAUCAUCAUCUAUAUAUAUAUUUAUCAUCAAACUUGCUCCGUUUUCCAUUUUUCUCCUGUAUAUGUAUGUGCUGAGAGUCAGCUCCUUGUAUGGCUGCUCGCUUCUUCAUCAUCUAGAGGAUGCUUGUUGAACUUUUGUUGUCUAAAAAGUUGCUUCGCCUUUGCCCUUUGGAAUAUCAUUUCUUGUUUAUUGCUCUUGUAACCUAGUGACACAAACGCACUGAUGGAUGUUGAUGGAACACUUUCUUUGCUCCUGAGCCCGUAAUCCAGUGAAGCCCGUGUUUGUAAGCAUAGACAAAUAGGAG